GCCGAAUUUGACGCGCCAGCUGUCGGUGCAAGACGGUCCGCUACACCAUCCUCUUUUGACGACGAUGGCGACGACGACCAAGGUUUGCAGCACGGCGCCGCGUCUCCUGCGUGUGCACGUGGCCGGUCUCGUAAGCGCGUCGCGCCUCUCGUGUGUGGCAUCGCUGCCCGUCAAGCUCGCGGUCGUCACCAAGCUGCGCGGGCACGGGACGGCCAACGUCGAGCACGUGACGCCGGCGGUCGCAAACGCCAGCAGCAUUGCGUGGGACCACGAAAUCUACGAAUUCGAUCUGACCGAGGCCGAAAUGUACACGCGCGUCCUCGAAUGCGUCCUGAUCGAGACCGACUGCCUCGGCUGGCGCAUCGUGCUCGGGAGCGCCAAGAUCCCGCUGUCGUCGCUCGAGAUGGACCGGAGCCACGUGCACUCGAAAGAGGUGCCCUUUGAUGCGCUCGAGUCGAACCUGCGCCUGCAGUUGCAUAUGGACGUGUGGGACGUCGCGCAAGACGCGGCCGCCGUCGACGUCGAGGCGUUCGAGCACCAGCGCUGCGUGUGGGGUGAGUGGAGCCAGCGCCAUUUGCGAGCGUCCGACCGCCCUGUGUACCGGUGCGGACCGCAGACGGGCAAUGCACUGGCGACGAUUGUGCCACCGACGCCCGACAACUGCGUCCCGUCGCUCGGGUGGGCGGCCGACGAGAGCGGGUGGUUCUACGCCACGUCGUUUGCCGGCCCGUGGCACAGCUCGAACGCUUCGUACCCCGUCCGGCGCCGGCGGCUCGUGCACCGGUACCGUCCCGUGGAGGUGCCUGCCAAGGUCGUCGUGGCUGAGACCGACGUCGUGGUCGGUCAAAGCGUCGCAAUGCCCGACAUGUCGAUCCAAGCGAGCCUCGCCAAGCGCCAAAUCAUGACCGAAGACUACUAAGUAGCUUGAUAAGCUUGAUAACAUAAAAAUUACAUGCCGGUCGCUUCACUGUAGUAUGGCAGUGCAGGCAACCAUGGGCAACUCGCAGA